AUGGGAGGAGAUUUCGAAGAUGUUGAUUUCGAAGAUGUUCGGCCUGAGGAGGUGGACCAAGUAAACUCCUCACCAUUCACCGCUAAGAUCAAAGACGCGGCUCUACCAAGGCGAUUCCCAACGCCUCUUUCACACACUUCAAAAGGGAUUCUGAUCCCGAGAGUCAUCUGA